AUGGAGUCUACUUCUGCUACUUCUGCUGCUGCUGAGGCUGCUGAUACUAAUGACUUCCGCCUUCCGGCUCCCCCGGCUUCUGCUUGCGAUUCGGCCGAUCAGCGGAGGGAGAAUGGUGCCGAUUCUGGUGGCGGCGGAGGCGGUUGCGGAGGUGGAGGAGGGGCUAGGUAUAAGCUGAUGUCGCCGGCGAAGCUCCCGAUCUCCAGGUCUCCUUACAUCACCAUCCCUCCUGGGCUUAGUCCGACUUCGUUUCUCGAGUCACCGGUCCUGCUCUCCAAUGUCAAGGCUGAGCCUUCCCCGACUACAGGAUCUUUCAUCAAGCCUCAAACAGUGCAUGGCUCUUUUUUAUCGAACUCCUACUCAGCAACUGCAGUUUCAUCUGACACCUUUGGGGAAAGAGCCUCCAGCUUCUUUGAGUUCAGGCCUCCUUCUAUAUCAAAUAUGACUUCUGCAGAUAUGAUCAAUAAGAGGAGAGAACAAUCUGUACAAGUCCAAGGCAGUUCUCAGUCUCAAAUCCAAUCAUUUUCAUCAUUGGCUUCACCUAAAGCGGAGAUGGUAGCCUCCUCAAAUGAGUUGAGUCUCCAUAUGGCAACUUCUGGGACUACUGCAACUACUGAAGCUGAAGCUAAUGAACAAAACCAGACAGGAAACUCGAGCUGUGGGCCCCAGGUCUCACAAUCUGAUCUUAAAGGAGGAACCACAAACUCAACUACAUCAGAGGAUGGAUAUAACUGGCGCAAAUAUGGACAGAAGCUUGUCAAGGGAAGUGAAUUUCCCCGUAGCUAUUACAAGUGCACACAUCCUAACUGUGAAGUGAAGAAGUUAUUUGAGCGGUCUCAUGAUGGGCAAAUAACAGAGAUUAUUUAUAAAGGAACACAUGACCAUCCUAAACCUCAACCUAGCCGUCGAUACGCUGCUGGAGCUCUUUUGACUGCGCAAGAAGAUAGAUCUGAUAAAAUACUGUCUGGGAGGGAUGAAAAAUUGUCUGGUGCAUAUAGUCAAGCGUCCAACACCAUGGAACCAAAUGGUUCUGAAAUGUCCCCUGUUACAGCAACUGAUGAAAAUGCAGAAGUUACUGAAGAUGACGAUGACCCCCUUUCAAAGCGAAGGAAAAUGGAUACUGGGAGUUUUGAUGUCACUCCAGUGGUUAAGCCUAUCCGUGAACCACGUGUUGUUGUUCAAACUCUUAGUGAGGUUGAUAUACUUGAUGAUGGGUACAGGUGGCGCAAAUAUGGGCAGAAAGUAGUGAGAGGAAAUCCUAAUCCGAGGAGCUACUACAAGUGCACAAAUGUGGGAUGCCCGGUGAGAAAGCAUGUAGAGAGGGCAUCACAUGAUCCGAAAGCAGUCAUAACUACUUACGAAGGGAAACACAACCAUGAUGUACCUGCAGCUAAGAAUAGCAGUAGUCACGACACAGCUGCAGCAGCUGCUGCUGCUGCUAUGAGCAGUAGUGGUCCAUUGAGGAUAAUAAGAUCAGAUGAAAGCGACACCAUCAGCCUUGAUCUCGGAGUUGGGAUGGGUUCUUCUGCAGCCGCUGAGAAUAGGUCCACCGACCACCACCAUCACCACCAACAGCCUUUCCACUCUGAACAUGGGCAGCAAAGCAGUGGGCCCAGUUUCAGCAAAGCUGCAAAUUACUAUGGUGGCAUGAACCAGUAUGCAUCGACUAGACAAACUCCUACGGAGGUUCACAGCUCAUCUUACCCCUACCCACCGAAUAUUGGAAGAUUACUUACCGGUCCUUAG